AUGGCGAGGCCGCAGGAGGCGCCGCAGGAGCCGCCCUUCAGGCUGCGCAUCCACCCGCGCUGCGGGAACACCCCGCUCUUCCCUUCCUCCAGCGGCGGCUCCAGGCCCCAGCUACCCGCCGCUCGCCUUCCGCCCCGGGCACAGCGCCCGCCGCCACCGAGUCCGGGGAAGGACCGUGCACCGCCGGGACCGGGGAGGGGGGGGGCCGGGCUGCUUGCUUCCCCCUUCCCGCUACAGGGUGUGUACGUGGGGGCGGGGGGCGGAGGCCAGCGGUGCCGCUUCCCCUCCGGAGUUUGUGCUCGGCACUGCCGCCGCCCUCUCCCUGCACGGCCGCUCCGGUCCCGCCUCCUUCCCGCGGGCAGCGCGGCCGCCGGGCGCAUGCGCUGCCCCGCCCGCCCCGCGCGGCCCCCGGGAAAUCCGGGAUCGGUGGGAGGGAGGGAGGAACGGAGGGAGUACCUGCUGCGUGCGGCUGGAGCACCGAGCGUGGCCGAGGGCACAGCUCCCUCCCCGCGGUCACGCCCGGGAGGGGUCAGGUGCGCGGGCCCGGGAGGCGGGUGUUGGCACGGAGCUUCUGCGCCCCGUUGGGAGUACUUAUCAUGGGAUCAGCUGUGUUGGAAAACACCUCAGACACCGUCGAGUCCCGCCUAUGACCGAACCAUCGCCUUGUCAAUUACACCGUGGCAUCAAUUGCCGUGUCCAGUCUUUCCGUACAUACCUCCAGCGAGGGUGACUGCACCACCUCCCCAGUCCAUUCCAGUGCCUACUCACCCUUCUGUGAACAAAUUCCCCUAAUUGUCCGACCUAAACCUCCCCUGGCGCAGUUUAAGACUCUUGUUCUGACCCUGUCGCCCAGGAGAAGAGGCUGAACGCCACCUGACUUCAACCUCCUUUCAGGGAUAGUGUCAUUUUGGAGAUUGUUUGCGCUGGAUUAGCCCUUUGCUUUCUGUGGCUGCAGAGUCUAGCAGUUCGUUUGAAAAAUGGAUUUAUUAUACCAUCAGAACAAACUCAGUCAACUGAGCAAAGCUACUUUGUGCAGAAUAUAGCUUGCUUCUGACAACACUCAGCUCUUUCCCUGUUUGCAAACAUCUUCCUUCUGACACAGAAAGAAGUGCUUUGUCCAUUGGCCUCUCCCUUUUACUUUAAGGUGGGGAUUACAGCAGUUGUGUUCAUUCACUUGGCACCUUUAUAAAUAAGUUUUAGCAGAACAAAUAGUUUGCAUGUCAUCAAGAAUCAGCCUGACAGUCUAUCUUAUUCACUGUCAUGGAUCAGCAUUGUACAAAUGUGAGUUUCAACACUGCAGAACUAGAAUUUCCACCAGGUAAUUCCGUAUCCUGCAUGACAGUAAAGUAAAGUAAAAAGUUCCAUGGUUUCAUAACUUAACCCUUAUACUAUUUGAUUAUAUUUCCAGGCCAUUUUUUCUUUUCAGCUUUCAAAAUACUAUACAAAUCAACACAGUAAUUUUUUCACAAGCAAGCAGUGAACUAGAGUAAGUCAACUUUAAAAUUUGUAGACUAGACAGUUUACAUAUCACAUUGAAGCCAGAAAGUUAUGCACCAUAGAAUUUAGUACUUCUGCAGUAAAACUUGUAAUUUACUACAGUCAGGUGAUGUUAGAAUUCUUUGUUUGCCUGAAGCAGCUAGCUCUUGCCAACACAUUUGCUCCAGAAAUAGGACUUAAAUCAAUAAUAACAACAAAAAAACCAUAAUAAUCUUUUGGUCAUUUAGCUUAUGUUGCUGUCAAGAUGUGAGGCUGUUAACAUGAUUAGUUAAAAGGACCAUUUUUCACCACAUAGUUCCACCAAGCUGGCAUCUGUUUUGGCAUUAUUACUCUGUAAUGGAAAUCUAUCAUUAUUUAAGUUGUCAGUAUUUCUUUUGAAGCUUCAUUAUUUUUGGGGACAUAAGCACCAAAACCCCAAAAUUUCACAGCACAAUUCUUGUCCUGUGCUUUUCUAUUAUAAAGAGCUCCAUACUGACAGAAAGCACAGGACAGGCACUAUACUGCCUCGAUAUUGCAGACAAAGCUUUCUUCUCCAUGCUACAGUGGAGGUUCUUAUUCCUCCCUAUACAUUUGUUUUCCAGGUCAAAUAGUGCCACUAACUUAUGCUUACCCAGGUUUACUUUUGGUAUGCAGAACAGAUGAAGGAAAACAAAAUACACAUAUUUAAAAAAUAAAAAUAAAUUUAAAAAUGCAACUCACUAAAUUUAUUUGCAUUGUCAUGGUUUUUUUUUCAAGUCAAGAUUUUCCAUUCUAAAUUGUAGAGACAUGCUAAAGGAAAGCAAUCAAACAAAUGCCACUUCAUUUUUUAUGCCAGCUGUCACAAAUACCAGUGUUGGGUAGUCAAAAGGUACUUCUAUGCACCCUUGAACCCACUUUUGUCUUUAUAUUACUUGUGCCAAUAUUUAGACUUUAUUUCCACCUUAGAAAAGCCCCGUCUUUUAACUCUAUAAGUUAAGAGAAUGACUUCUUUUAGGUGGGGAGACCAACAAAGAAAACCCAACAACUUACUGCUGCCAUGGUAAUAUAAUUGGCAUUAGUCUAAAUAAAAAUAGGUACACAUUGAAGUAAAAGAGUGUAUUAAUGAGUAACUUUUUCCUUUCAAAACUUCAGUAAUUAUUAUUUAACAGUAUUCCACCAGAUUUCCCCUUAUACAGAAAUCCAGAAUAUAUGUAUACAAAUGUCUGAACCGGCUAAGCACUACGAAGACAAACACAGAUGAGGAAGUAUUACCAGGAUAUUAUCUUCAAUCAUCCUGAAGAGCAAGAAAAUUUAUGCAGAACUUUUUUAGCCAACAGCACUGAAGUUUGUGAAUGAAUGCAAAAAGUCAAAAAACAAACAAAAGUAUUAGAAACCCACAAAAAUGCAUACUAGAAAUGUUUUAUAAUGUAUUAUUGCUUUGGAAAUAUUAUAUAGGUUAAAAGGAAGAGCUAGUAUGGCUUGACAUUCAAAUCUGUGAAUGUCAGGAAGCUUUGAAACUGGACCCUGGGCUGAAACUGUUCUGAAACUUGGAAAUUUCAAGUCCUCUUGAAUAUAACAUAUGGAACAAUGUUUACUGGAUUGUCACACAGGAUGAAGAAACAAAGACUAGGAUGUAAAGCCAUGGAAAAGUUCUAUCAUAGAAACACAGGACUGGAAAAAUCCACUUGGAUCAUCAAGACCAGUCUUCUACCUGAAAUGAUGGAAUGUAAAUGGGAAACAAUAAAUCCUGCAUCCUUUACAAGACAGGGAACACCUGAACUCUAUUGAAAACUAAAUUAGCUUGUCAGGGAAAAAAAAUUACCUAGCUGUUAAACAUGUUAAUAUGCAAGCAAUAAUCUUGGGUAUCCCCAAACCAAAAAUGGAAUCAGAUUAUAUUUCCAUUUUUUUCCCAUUUCCUUAUUUCCACACAGGAUCGAAAUAAUUUUAUUGAGUCUUCUCUAAUAGAUAAAACAGGUCAAUUUUAAAUUCAAAUUCCAGACUCAGAGCAGAAUGCCAGGGAUAUAUUUAGAACAAUCAUGUUGUCAGUGAAAGCUUUGGAAGUCUAGCUAAGAAACCGAAGAGAUGGUGCUGUGAUCACAGGAAAAAAAACCAAAAAACAAAACAGUCUAGGAUGCAACUGCUUAAAACUUCACACAGUUAUCCAUGGACAUAUUUUUAGUAACUGUAAGUCACUUAAAACAGUUUUCUUGAGCAACUGUAAAUUAGAUUAAUACCUUUCAGGCUUUGUGUUGUUUAUUAAAUGCAGAGUCCAGGCAUUCAGUUAAAUUAAUAGCUCAGUGAACUUUCUCAGCUCUUAGGUUAAAACACCCAGAAACUUUCUACACAUGAAUCAUCACAUUGGAUUUACUGAACUCUGAGGUAUGUGCAUAUACCUGUUGCUGCACUAGCCACAUUAUUCCCUGUGGGAUCUCUUUUUCCUGUAAUCUUAUAAUUACUAAGGACUACUACAUUAGUCACUUAACAGGUAAUUUUCUUACAAAUAUGUAUCAGUAAGGCAGCCAAAAGGAACUUUCCAUUUCAACUAGUCCUGAGGACAAGCACUGUUCCCAGUAUUUCUAGGAGCAUAUAUUAAAUAGUUAGACCAAGAGGCAAGUACCCAACACAGAGUUUAAUAUUCUACUUAGAUUUUACAGUUUUUCGAUUUUCAAAGCACUUGGGCAAAGCCUAUUUGGCCAUUAGUUGUGGUAGAGUGUACUUCUCUACUGUUUCCCUUGCUAGACUCUGCAUCUGAAGGUAUGGAUUUUGAUGUACUGAAGUUUAUCAUACAGUUUAGUAGCAUGCUUUAGUAGCAUUGAGAAUUUGGUCUUUGUCCUGGACACUUGUGACUGACCUGAUAAGACUAGGAAUGGAUCUCAGUCAAAUGGCUUCCUCACUUGUUGAUCUCUCUUCUAUUCUUAUUUCCCCCUAAAGACAGAAAAAUCAAUAAAUUUUACCCCAAAAGAGGGGUAACAUAUCUAAGGAAUACCUAAAAUUCCUGUAAAUGGAUAAAAUUCCCAAGGAAUAAAUGGUACUAGAGUAACCAGAGUUAUGACAAACAAGAAAAAGUAAGCCACACCAGAGUUCAGUGUCACAAUGUCCUGGUUUCAGCUGGGAUAGAGUUAACUGUCUUCUUGGUAGCUGGUACAGUUCUGAAUUCAGUAUGAGAAUAAUGUUGAUAGCACACUAAUGUUUGAGUUCCUGAGUGAUGUUUACCCAAAGUCAAGGACCUUUCAGUGUCUCAUGUUUUGCCAAUGAGCAGGUGCACAAGAAGCUGGGAGGAGCAUAGUCAGGACAGCUGAGCCAAACUGUCCAGGGGGAUAUUCAAUACCCAGAACAGCAUGCUCAGUAUAUGACCAGGGGGAGCUGGCCAGGAGCUGCUGAUCGCUGCUCAAGGAUGGGCUGGGCAUCAGUCAGCACAUGGUGAGCAAUUGUAUUGCACAUCAUUUGUUUCCCUUGGGAUUUAUUCCUCUCUGUCUCCUUUUCGUUACUAUUAUUAUUGUUGUUACUAUUACAAUUACUAUUAUUAUAUUAUGUUUUAAAUUGUUUCAAUUAUUA